AUGAAGUUUCGCGAUGGCAUGUGGCUGGUUGCUGAGGGCAAACGCGUGGAGUAUGCUGAAGAAGUUUACUCCAUCAACGAAGCCCCAGAUGGCAAGAAGAUUACAUUGCUUUGUCCUACCAUGCAGAUUCGCAGCAGAGGCGAUACAUUGAACCGUCCUACUUUGACAGUGGAGCUAGAAGCUGUGAUGGACGAUAUACUCUCCAUCGAAGUCACCCACUGGCACGGCGCUCAAAACAAAGGUCCUCAUUACGAUCUCUUCCCCUCCGGAAGACCGGAUGUAAACGCCAUCAUCGCAAAGACAGAACAAGGAACAACGAUCUCAGCAGGCAAUCUCUCAGCAACUGUAUCCUCCGCACCUCACACCUUCGAUAUCCGCUUCCACAGCAAAGACGGCAAGGACAAACUAACCUCUCUGCUCAACCGCAGCGUCGGACUCGCGUAUGACCCUGCAACAAGUAGUCCCAUGCAAACGGCGGAUAUGCGAGAGAUAAACCACUACAUUCUGACUCAAAGCACGUUGAGUGUCGGCGAACAAGUCUACGGUCUAGGCGAGCGCUUCGGCGCCCUCAACAAAGUGGGCCAAGCAAUAACACUCUGGAACGCCGAUGGCGGUACCUCCUCCGACCAGGCCUACAAGAACAUUCCCUUUUGGUUAAGCAACAGAGGUUACGGUGUCUUUAUCGAUGCAACAGAAAAAGUAGACCUGGAGGUCGGCAGUGAGAGAUGCAGUCGAGUGCAAACCUCGGUCCUAGGCCAACGACUCAAAUGGCACAUCAUCUAUGGACCUUCUCCCAAACAAAUCCUGGACAAAUACACCACGCUCACGGGCAAACCUGCCAAAGUGCCCACUUGGAGUUUCGGGCUCUGGCUCAGUACGUCCUUCACAACCGACUACGACGACGCAACCGUCCUCUCCUUCCUCGAAGGCAUGAAAGCCAGAGAUAUCCCUCUCCAAGUCUUCCACUACGAUUGCUUCUGGCUCCGCGCCUUCCACUGGUGCGACUUUGUAUUUUCCCCCAAACACUUCCCCGACCCAAAAGCCAGUAUUACUCGCCUCAAAGCUUCUGGAUUGAUGAACAAAGUCUGUGUAUGGAUAAACCCUUAUCUGGGUCAAGCAUCCCCUGUUUUCGCAGAAGCAGCAUCCAAAAACUACCUUCUCAAACGCAAAAAUGGGGAUGUGUUUCAAUGGGAUUUAUGGCAGGGAGGGAUGGGCAUCAUCGACUUUACCAACCCAGAGGCUUGUGAGUGGUAUACUUCGUGUCUGGAAAAACUGUUUGAUAUCGGUGUCGACAGUUUGAAAACAGACUUUGGAGAGAGGAUACCGAGUAAGGAUGUACAGUGGUUCGACACCUCUGUGGCACCGGAGAAAAUGCAUAAUUACUAUGCGUAUAUCUACAACAAAGUCGUUUACGAAGCACUCCAAAAGCGAUACGGCAAAUAUGAAGCAGUAUUGUUCGCUCGUGCCGCUACAGCAGGAACACAGCAGUUUCCUCUGCAAUGGGGCGGCGAUUGCGAAAGCACCUUUGAAGCCAUGGCUGAGUCUCUACGCGGCGGUCUAUCGCUAGGAAUGUGUGGGUUCUCUUUCUGGAGUGUAGACAUCGGUGGCUUCGAGGGUACACCCGAUGCGUCCAUCUACAAACGCUGGGUGCAGUUUGGACUGCUGUGCUCGCAUUCAAGAUUACAUGGAAGCAACAGUUAUCGUGUGCCGUGGCUGGUGGACGACGACGACAAAAGCGAGCAAGGGUGUAGCGCUGUUUUGAGGAAGUUUACGCAGCUCAAGUGCAGGUUGAUGCCGUAUUUGUACUCCGAGGCUAUGGAGAGUAUCAAGCAUGGCUGGCCUGUCAGUGUGAGAGCUAUGGCAAUUGAGUUCCCCGAGGACAAGACGGCUUGGCUGUGUGAUCAGCAGUUUAUGCUGGGAUCGAGUCUGUUGGUUGCGCCUGUGUUUGAUGAGAGUGGAGAAGUUGAGUUUUAUCUGCCUGAGGGUAAGUGGACUAGCUUCUGGGAUGGUCAGGUUGUUGAAGGACCGAAGUGGGUCAAGGAGACACAUCAGUUCGACACGCUGCCUUUGUAUGUCAGAGAAGGGUCCAUUCUGGUUCUUGGAAGAGAGGGAGAGAAAAGAACGACUUGGGACUGGACCAAGGAUGUCGAGGUCAAGACGUUCUUCCCUAACGGGAAAUCGUCUUUCAGAUUGGUGGAUCCGGACAACAAGGAGCUGGCUACUAUCACUGCCGUCAAGAGUGACGAUGACUGGAAUGUCAAGGGCGCUGAAGGUUUGGCUAGAUGA